UCUUGAAAGAAACUGAUACUCAGUUUUCUCAGAAUAAGGGAGAUUCAGAGGGAGCAAGUUAAGAGUUUUCGUAAUAUCUAUUCAUUUAAUUAUUGGCAACAAUUGAUAGUAUCUUUUCAAUUAUAUUUAUGAACACAAGGACGCUGGAGAUAACAGUAAUAUCUGCUGAUGAUCUGGAAAAUGUAAGGAGGUUGGGGAGAAGAAUGCACACUUACGCCGUUGUGAGCACGGAUGAUGUUUGUUCGCAGUGUGCAUCCACACAUAUUGACGAAGAAGGAGGGUGCGAUCCAGUCUGGAACGACAAGUUACAGCUGAGUCUGAGCAAAGGACUACCCAUCGCUCUCAACAUACAAAUCUUUUGCAAGACGAGGUAUGGGAAGAGAAGCGUGGGAUGGAGUAGAGUGCCCCUCUCUGAAAUCUUGAAUGGAUUCGGACCUCCCCAUGGCUUGCAUUGCCUCAGCUAUCGUUUGAAGACGCGCAACGGGAGGCCUCAUGGUACCGUUAAUUUCUCUCUUCGUUUCCUACAACACAUUAACCCCCCUGAAUUCUUCAUCAAUUCUCCAAUUUCAACAAGACUUUCACAGCAAGGUGGCGUGUCGAUUGGUUAUCCUUCCUCAUCUCCAUUUGGCAAUGCCAAAGCCAACCACUUAUAUCCUAUCCCACUCUCCGUUUAUCCACCGCCGCAGCAUAAUCAGAUUUAUGCCAUAGAUUAGCUUUGCAUCACAAUCUGGAAGCGUUGAAUUAUGUUUUUCGCUAUUUGUCUUUGCUGUUUAGUUGAGGAACGAGCUGUUAAACUCUAUCCAGAUGUAUCACAAAGCUUGACCCAGUUACCACUUAAGUUGUUGAGGCGGUUUUCGAGAGGAUGCAAUCGCAGUGGUUUAACAAUGUUUCUCGGCUGUGUAGCUUGUUGGAAUAUGUACUUUCUCCCAUCACGAUUCAUUAAAUGGAAGUGACAAAGUGUAAAUAUUCUAUUCUAGAAGGAAGCGAGAUAAGUACUAAGUGAAAAAUAUUAAAUAUUUGAUAUUUUUGAGUAAGUAGGCUUAAGUUUUAGAAUUAUUUUGUAAUCUCAA